AUGCCAGACUACAGCGACAUUGUCCAGGAACUUCGAGAGGAGCUGCUCUGGGAGGAAGAUGACCUUGAGCAGGCCGUCAAGAACGCUCAUAGAUGGGAUAUCCCCGAGCUCGACAAGUACGGCAUCAUCUCGGCCAGAGGCUUUCUCGACUUUGCUGACUGGCUGGAGCCACUGGGCUCUCGUCUGACCAAAAUCCAACCGCUCAGCUUGAACAAGCCGCUGAAGCCCCUCUCCGACUGGGUGGUCCGAUACGCCAAGGAGAUCGGUAGCAGUAUGGACAAGGAGUCAUUGAUCAACGAGGCUUCCAUCAUGACAUUUCGAAACUCUCCACUGUUCCGCGUCUUUGAAUCUGAGGGAGACGCUAAGAAUUGGACAACAUUCAACAAGUUCUUCUACCGAAAGCUUGACAACCCUCGUACGAUCGCGGGCCCCGAUGAUGAUCAUAUCGUGACCUUCCCUGCCGAUUCAACCUUCGCCGGGGCAUAUGCCAUCAGCGAGGAUUCUGAGGUAGUCCUGGAGAAGAAGGAAUGGAGGGUGGUGAACGAGCAGGUGAUUUUGAAACAUGUUCCGUGGAAAGUGAAAGACCUUCUCGACGGACUCUGGACUCACGUCUUCUUGAAUUCGUUUGACUAUCACCGGCAGCAUGCCCCUGUGUCCGGGACUGUUGAAAUCAUAGACCUCAUAGAGGGCGCCGCCUAUCUCGACGUCCUAGUCCAGACAGACGAGCAGGUCGGACACAACUAUUUGGAGCUUUGCCGCCAGAUCGCCGGAAAGCAAAGGAACCCUUCAGGCGUCCAUACCCUGGAGGCCCCAGACACUCCAGGGUAUCAGUUCCUCCAGACGCGCGGGGUGGUGGUGAUCAACAAUGAGCAUUUGGGCAGGGUUGCUGUGCUUCCCAUUGGUAUGGCCAUGGUGUCUUCUGUUAACGUGAGAAAGGACCUUCAAGGCCAAAAGAUCAAGAAGGGUGAAGAGAUUUCACACUUUGCGUUCGGUGGCUCGGACUGCAUCAUUAUGUUUGAGCGUAAGGCAAGAGUGUCGGGUUUUCCUGAUUCUGACCCAGCUUCUCGCGAGCAUUUCUUCUACGGUGAAAAGCUGUGCAGGGCUUACUUCAAAUCCCACAAAGAGCCUAAAAGCUUCGGAUCCCGUUUCGGUUUGCCUUCCAGAUAA